AUGCCCCAAGAUGUUUUGGAGGUGACCAAAAGAUUUAUGCGUGAUCCUGUUCAAAUCUUAGUCAAAAAAGAAGAAUUAACUCUUGAAGGUAUCAAGCAAUUUUACAUCCAUGUAGAAAAAGAGGUGGGUGAAUUAUGUUUCAUAGUAGAUAUAUUUUUAAAGUUGAAACCUUCGUAAAAGUGAUCACAAAAUGCCAAAGCUUUUGUCUGUAUUGUAGAGUUGGAUUUUGUUGCAAGUUAGGUGCAAAAUUCCUGAAAAUUUUUGGCUUGGCCCAUUCAUCCCUGAACUGUUCGUAACUGCCCAUGUGGAUCCACGUCCCUUCUAUCACUUUUGAUGUCAUCAGUUUUAAGGGUCAUGAACAACUUUGUCAGCUAGCUUGUGCAGGGUCAAGAGAUCUUUCAAACCACACAAGAACUAGCCUUGCCAAAAGGCGAACUCACUGGGCUGCUUACACUAGACAGGAACAAGAAUUGCCGAAAGGCGAUUUUUAACUGGGCUGCCAAGGGGCUAUUUUUUUCUGAGGGGAAGGGGCGGCUAUAUAUACUCAGGCUACUAUAAAACCUUGUCGCCGACCAUUGCAUGAGAGAGAAUCUCAUGUGAGACUGAAACAUAAACUCAUUCAGAACAUUGUACCCUUUUGAAAGACGUUCAUAACAAAAAAAAUGAGUACCAUUUUUAAGUGGGGCUGUAUAAUAACUUUUUAAUUGUAUCAUUAUGAAUAAAAAUAAACGAGUUAGUCAUUAAUUCUAAGCAGGAAACGAUUUGCAUUAUUUUCAGGCACUCCUCCCCGAAUCCCUCUGUCUCCAAAAAUAUAGCGUGACAGUAUAACGUGACUAAUUUGACGUAACCGGAAAUUCCAAAAAUAACUGUCAUUCUAGAAGUAUAAAAUGCGACAGGGUCAGCUACUCGCCACUGGGCUAAUUUACACGAGACAGAAAUAUAUUGUAUUGGAUGAAACCCAGAAGUUUACUAAAACAGACAGCCAACUGCAUAUUGAUCCUGAUCUAGGGGCCUCACUGACUGCACUGAGACCUUAAAUAGACGAUCCUAGUUUGCGGUUACAGUCUACAUGAAAACGCACUAUUUUUUGGACAAGAUGAAAACUAUUCAGUUUUAAUAUUUUCCUUUUGGUAGUUUUCUCUAACUUAAAGGAAUAACAUCCUUCGUAUUUUGUGACCUAAAAAGUUUAAAGAUUUCUCGCUCGCAUGUUGCUUUCAUCAGCACGUACUUUAGACAAUGUAGAUAGAUGAAAAGAUUGGUAACAUAUUUUUUUACCUGAUACCGAUAUGAGUUAAAUAUUCGCUCGAGUUCGCUGUUUGUCUCACGACACCCAUGACUAACUUUUCUUCAUGGCAGAUAACUAUGCCGCUUUAUAACUCCUCCAAAGUUUUUUCCCAGCUAAACAAUAUGGAAACACUAUUCACAGUCGUUGGAUAUUAAAAAGACUGAACGUAACGCACAAUGUGCCCUUGUUUACCUCUGAUCACAUCUCCAAGCGAACUCUCUCUUUCCAAGCGAUUCAUUUCAAUGCACAAUAAUUGACCCUUAUAUUAAUUAAACCCUAUGGUUCAUUCAUAUUAAAACUGUUUUUGCCCCUCACAUUUACUGUGUUCGUUCGUAUUCAAAACACCUUUAGGAAAAUAAAGGUCGUGUAAGUCAUGUGUAUUAUGUUUCAAGAUAAAUGGAUUGUACUCUUUUUUAAGUUCCCAUUUUGCGGUGACUUCAGUUUACAUCUCCAUAAAAUGGUGAAAAUUUACAAAGGCAUGUUUUUUGAAACUUGCUAAUGCUGACAUCAAUGCAUCUGAUAUAUCGUGCUUGCUGAAUGGGCAAAAACACAGAAUUGUGAUCACAAGAUCAUGUACAAAUUUAAUGAUAAAAGCUUAGCAAGAUACAGAUACAAACAAAAGCAAACCCCCUGAAAUCUCGACCUGGGCUACACUUGUAUGCUCCACUCAGUCACCAAACCUUGUCAGUAAUAGCUCUUAUUUUCCUCAAGCCAGUCUUUGUGAAGCUCCCAGGUGGUACGGUCCGGUGAAGCGUUGAACUUGUGGGCGAAAUUCUCAGAGUUCCUAUUUUUGUCCGUGUCUUCUUUAUCCUCAGUAUCCAAAAUUUAGACCUCCAAAGUGGCGUGUGUUGCAUUAAAUACAAUGAAAUAUUUAAAGGAAAAGCCAGUCUUCUAACGUGGCAAAGUUGUCAGGAUUCAUCUGACAUUCAUCAGCAACUGAGUUGUUCGCUUCACUGAGUACGACAGCUUACAAUCAAGUCUUCAGCCGUAGUGUCGUCAACUGGUGAAAUACUUUGCUCAUAAAUUGUGCUUAUUAAUUGCUCAUGUACUACAUCGAUCGAUAAUUCUCUCUUUGAGUUCACCAAGCAGCCCCGGUGUUCCAAAGUUAACGUUCACAGUCAUCUUUUAGUGUGAACCUACCGUGAACGGCGUGUGAGUUCGUAUGUAACGUGGGCAUUUCUCUGAGUUUCCCAGCGCCAGCAUCAUCAACUGACUUAAACUCGAACAAUAAAAAUAUUUUAGAGUGACUCCUGUGAUCGAAUCGCUUUGAACAAUGCAAAUAGCCUUCUUCAGGUUUGCAACGUCUUCUGGGUUUCUGGCGGGGGCGGAGACGAGGUACAAAAAGUAUUUGUGCAAGGGUCCGUGUAAGGGAAAAUCAUAUGAAACCAUUUGUGAGAACAUCGUUUCUCAGUACCAGACCCUCGUGUCUUCCCUCCCCCGGGAGGCCGUUUUUGUACACAGACGACAGAAAACUAAAUUUAUAACUGGGCCGCACAGGCAGCCCAGUAACAAUGUAUUGUUUGAAAAUAAUAACUUUACUAAUACAAACAGCCAACUGCCCAUUGAUCCCAAUCAACCGGCCUCAUUGAUUGCACUGAGACUUUAAAUAGUUGAUCCUAAUUUGCAGUCUACAGUCUGAUGAAAAUGCAUAAUUUUUUUUCCACAAGAUUAAAGUAAUCAGUUUAUAAGAUUUUUCCUCGUUAUUUUUCUGCAACUUAAGGGAAUUAAAUCCUUUGCAUUUUGUGACCCAAAAGAGUUUCAAGAUUUCUCGCUCACAUGUUGAUUUCAUCAGCACGCACUUUCAACAAUGUAAAUAGAUGAAAUGAGCAAUAACACAUUUUUUACCAUAAUGCCAAUAAAUUAUGAGUUGAAAAUUAUCCUGCUUUAUAACUCCUCCGAAUUUUUGUGCUAGCAACACAAUAUUGAAACACUAUGCACACUCCCUGGGUAUUAAAAAGACUAAACAAAAUGCACUGUAAACGCACCAUGUGCUCGUGAACUUUUUUACUUCUGAUCACAUGUACAUGACUUCUGAAAUUGUUUUUGGUUCAAGCUAUUCAUCCCAAUGUACAAUAAUUGACCCUUAUAUUAAUUAGAACCCUUUGGUUCAUUCAUAUUAUACUGUUUUUGCCCCUCACAUUUACAGUGUUUGUUCGUAUUCAAAACGCUUGUAGGAAAACACAGGUCAUGUUAUGUUUCGAGAUGACUCAAUUAUAGCCUUUUUUAAGUUCCUAUUUUGCCGUGGCUUUAGUUUACAUCUCCCUAAAAAGGGGUGAGUGGACAAGGUACAAAACAUAUUUGUGCAAGGGAAAAUCAUAUGAAACAAGUCAUGAGAACAUUGUCUCUUGGUCACAGACCUUGUGUCUUCCCUCCCUUGGUGUUUGUUCUUCUGCACAGAUGACUGAAAACCGAAAUUAUGACUGGGCUGCCGAUAAUGAGCACGAUUCAGUCAAGGAGUUGAGAGAAAAUGGCAAAAAAAACAACAACAACAAAAAAAUGUCACAUUGCCCUGAAAAGAUGCAUGAAAAUCUUGUUUCACUACCCACACCCUUUCUUUUCAUCUAAUCCUUAAAGAUCCUCCAAGCGUUCCAAAAACUUUUCCCACCAAAAUAAAGCCUGCUAAAUGUCCAGCGAAAGAAAACGUAAUAUGAGGCAAUAAAGAGAAAGCAAAAAGUAUCCUCAAAAUUUUGCUUUCUGCACAUGCCCGAACUUCAUAAGCUAAGAUUUUGCAUGUAGAUAAAUAAGCCACGAAAUGUACAACCUGUAAACAGCUUUGUGGUAAGUUCUAGCUCUUUUUAGCCAGACUGUGUUAUUCAGAUCAAGGAGGCACUUUUCUGGAGAAAUUAAACAACCUUGAACCCUUAUUAAGACGAAUUGAAGAACUUUACUUUUCAAAAGAGGUCAAAUAAGAUCCUCUUACAUCAGAGGCAAAUCAUGCCAACCAUAAAUAAUAACCACAGAUAAUUUAUAUGCUUGUCAUGACCCUCUCAGUAUGAAGCAGCAAAAAUCACAUUUGCUCAGUCAAAAGGUUUUGCUCCAGCACAUAAUCUACUAGUAAGAGAAAAAACAAGCAGCAUACCCCCUUUUUGCACUAUCAAGUUUUUUACCGGAAACAGCUGUGAAGAAAAUUAGUGUCUGGGUUUUCUUUUACUUGCAAUAAAUUUCCCGUUCAGUUUACCGAUGACAAGAGCAAUGACAGCUCAAUGAGAGAAGGAAUCCCAUUGGAUGUGUUUAAUUGAUUUGGAAGGCGAUAUGAACUUCACACUCCAAAAUCAGUCGGCUGUGAAGUGUUAAAAGCUUGGGCUUUGUCUGUAGUCCCUCCUUUUUCUCUCUCCUUGCCACAUCUCGCCUUUCUCGUGUAAGGUGAUUUUCACGCACACUUGUGUUUUGCUCACUCUACUAUCCCUGAGGAUAAAUGGGGACUACUCAUAGUCUAUCUUCCUGAAUGUGCAUUGUAGACUUUUACAGUGAGUGCUUAAGAGCUCCAAGUUGGCCAUUGAAUCAAGUUGAGUGACCUGUAAACUAGCUUUGUAGCUGACUGACCUUUAAACUAGCUUUAUAGUUUACUGACCCGUAAACUAGCUUUAUAGCCAAGUGUUAGUCACAUUAAUAAAGUGUGUAUGUAUGUAUGUACUUAUUACCUGGUACCUUGCUUACUAUUAAGGGGAGUGUGCGUGGCAGUAAGGGACGAUGAGACAGGAGGAUGGAAUGUUUCAAAUGGAAUGUUUCAAACAGACAAUUUGUGUUCUAUUAUUUUGUUAAAACCCAUCUAGUUUCAGGCUUUCAUGGCCGUUUUUCAGUACAAGGAACUGAGUACAAGGAAAUUUACAAGUCCUGAACUUUUCGUUCCAUUUGCCUGAACUGUUUAAUGAACUGUUUAACUAAGGAGUCUGCCCAUGUAAAUGGUAAACAACCAAGAUGUCAGUAAAUGACAUGUAUUAAUAACUAAAAGGAGAAUAAAGAAUCAUUUUAUAAAGUUAGAUCCCUUUUUUUAGGACUGGAAACUUGAGACCUUGUGUGAUUUGUAUGAGACUCUUACAAUUACUCAAGCUGUGAUUUUCCUGAACACAAGAAGGAAAGUGGACUGGCUCCAGGGGAAAAUGAUGGAAAAGGACUUCACAGUUUCUUCUAUGGUAUGUCAUAUUGAUUUUUAUAAGGUCAUAAAGUACAUAUUGAUCUUUGUGUACUGUUUUUUUUGUUUUUCUAUGAACAAGCUUUAAAAGCAGCAACACUAGAUAUUGGCCCCAUUUACACACGCCUAAAAAAUCGGCACGGCAUGCCAAAUUUUUGGCACCGUGCCGAGACUACAUCUGGGAUGUAGUCUCGGCACCCCUAAAAUUUUGAGCACUGGUGCCAUAUUACGUUUGGGACCGAUACGUUUACAUGUCGAAAACUGGGAGUGCCGUACCUUAAAGUCGUCAGCACGGUGCCAAAAAUUUGGCGUGCCGUGCCGAUUUUUUUUAGCGUGUGUAAAUGGGGUUAUUGAUAGCUAUCUCUGAAAAUAUUUGUCCCGGGAAUGCAUGUAAAGGGCAGGAAGCUACGACCAGCAUGCAAAGAAAGUAGUAUCCGAUAGCCCGGGGCUGAUGGAUUUUUCUAUCAUGCUAGUGAAUUCUGUUCAUAACUGAAUAAUUCAUAAGUGAAGUUUUUAGGGAAAUUCAAAUUACGGAAGAACUGUAUUCAAUCCAGCUGGUCAUUAAUUUUUUGGGUGCUAGUUGAAAUGACUUUUGGGCUAGUACAUGCUAGCUACAACUUGCCCAAAUGACUUUCUUUGCACACUGUACAACAUGUAACAGUGUCAGAAUAGAGGGACAUGGAGCACAGACAAAAUUUCAGUGGUGCUACCCUCAAAUGAAAAAAAUGUUGUCAUUGUCUGUGAUUGGCUCAUCUAUUGGUGCUAUUGCACUGAUAAAGUACAGAACCAUUCACACUUUUACCCUUUAAGUCCCAAUAGUGACUAACGUCAAUUUUCUCCUAAUGAUAUCGAUACAAUUUCAAGAGAUGAGGUUAUGAGAAUUAAUAAAAUUAUCAUCUAAGUGAAAAUGCCUUGAUCUUUUAUCAAAUUCUCUCAACUCAGUCAUGAAGGAAAUGUAUGGAGGUCAGUUUGGAGAAUUUUUAUGUGGAUAUUGGGGCUUAAAGGGUUAAAAGGUUUUUGAUGUCUUUGCACUAAGUUGCCCUUGGGCAUUUCGUGGAGUUAUUGUGGGCUGCCUAUUUUUUUUAUGUAGAGAAACAGCAUUCAAGGUAGCCUUGAUUUCCUUUGCUCUCUUAAGCACAGUCUUUGUUAUUGCAGGCUCAUCACCGAGCAGUAGCCCGAGUUCAAGCACACACAAACCGCAGCCUCGAUACAUUAUUUCUGAGAAAAGAAAUCAAUAAAUACCUCAUGAAAGGGGAUAUUUUGAGGUUGACCCGUUUUAUAGAUCAGGGUGUUCGUUACACAUCGGAGAUUGGAGAAUUCUGUGGUUGUUACUCAGAAUUCUUGGGCUAAUGUGCGAUAGCCUAUGAAUAUUUUUUAUUCUGACAUGGAGCCUCUCUCACAAUAUUCUCUGAUAAUGUUACACCUUUCUCCUGCUACUAGAAUUCUUAAUGAAAACCUUGAUAGAUGAAAACAUUCAAAAUGAGGAGGAGAAGGAGUGGAGGCAAUGAGGAGGCAAAGCCAUUUCUUGACAAUCAUGAGCCUAAAAUAAAAGCAAACUCUAAAUCUACAAUCUGCAUAAUCAUCAUGUUGUAACUGUUUACAUUGUUUACUUGCUGCAUUUCUAACCAGGAUAUCAUUAUUCUACUAUGUUUUGUAGCAUGGUGAUAUGGAUCAGAAAGAGAGAGAGGUGAUCAUGAAGGAAUUCCGUUCCGGUUCCAGUCGAGUGCUCAUCACUACUGAUUUGUUGGUAAAUGAAUGUUUGUUUUUCUUCAUCGAUGCAGUGCUCUGUAAGAGGAAUGUUGCUUUCAUCUGCUGUGGGUCUUUAUCAGAAUCAUUAACUUGCUGAUUGUCUUCAUAAAAUACUAUACAAUAGUUGAAGCAUGUCAUAUUGAAUAAUUUACACAGAUGAUCAGCAAGUUUGUGGUUCUGAUAAAGCAGCAAUACAUAUAGAAUGGAUAGUGAACUUACCACAUUGGUUCACUGGUAUGCCAUAAAAUUAUUAAUGUGUGAAGGUAAAUCCUGAGAGGUCUUUAAGCUACAUGUAUGUUUUUGGGUGGGGGAAUUGUGAGUCACUGAAACCGUUUCCUGUUGUCGUGUGCUCUAGAUUGCAAGGAUGGACAUGGAUUGAAACUUAAAAGCAUUUGGCCAAUUUUCCCAAUUUUUAAUGCUUUUCUUCAUGCAAAAAUCACCCAAAAUUAUUUUGGUUGGAGCUCCAUGGUGAGACUUUUUUAUAUUUUCUUCAUAACUCUAAGUAAUGACCUUAGCACAAAAUUAACCUAAAACAGCUAUAUGUUCAUGACAUGGCCCCUUUGAAAGACUAAAUCUAAUGUAAUGUGGAUUCUAUUUUUACAGGCACGUGGUAUUGAUGUACAACAAGUUUCUUUGGUAAUAAACUAUGAUUUGCCUGGGAAUCGUGAAAACUACAUUCACAGGUUAGGAAUGGGCAUGGAAUCUGUUCUUAACAAUAUUUGGAGUUUCUUUUGGUGUUUUGGGGUAAAACUAUUUUCUUCAAGGCUUGGCAGUGUCUUCAUAUCAUAAAUUUCCCAAAGUUCCCUUAUACAAUUUUUCUUAUACUGAAGAACAAACAUUACAAAAUGAAAAUGGGCAAACAGUGAUUUUUGAAUAAGUUUCUUUCAAGUGGUAGAUGCAUGACGAAUUCUACAGUUUUAUGUUUAACAGAAAAACUGAAAAAAAGAUUUAAAGAGUUCAUAUGAUUUUGGGGGACGCUGUUACAAAAUUACAGACGUUUGUAUGGAUCUGUAACCGUGUUCCAAGAAUCAUAACUUGAUCCCUGUUCAACUUUAGAGCACCAAACCCUGUCAAAUAACCAGUCUCAACAUGACCUUUUAUAUGGUGGUGUCAGUUUAUCGAUUUGUUUAAAUUUGAAACUCGCCCCAGUUCCCUACGCAACUCCGAAAUUCUCAAUUUAUCGCAAAUUUUGCUUUUUAGGAUUGGUCGUGGUGGCCGUUUUGGCCGUAAAGGUGUUGCUAUCAACUUUGUUACCGAUGAGGAUAAACGUAUUUUGCAGGAUAUUGAAACGUUCUACAACACAGUAAUAGAGGAAAUGCCAAUGAACGUGGCGGAUCUUAUCUAA